CCCUAACUCCUGCUUUAUAUCACGAUAAUAAUUACAUUAUGUCAGUCAUCCCAAUAUUUUGCACAGCUGACAUUCUGGCAAGUGUACCAGAUCAGCUCAUUGAAAAGUCCACCCAGCCAAAGGAUGCUACAAACAUAUUCUCCUUAAUGCGCACCCCUACUCAAGAAGCCAUUGAUCUUAACGGGACCGAUCCACCGAUUGAGGACGUUUCAAGGACCAAAGUAAUGAUAAGAUCCAUCAAUUCAUCCAGCGACUUUUUGCAGAGGGAAGGGAGGGCGAUUAUCUCGAAAAAAGAUGGGUUGCUAUCCUAGAUGGCAAAUCUACUAGCCAGUCUGCGGUGGUUCUGUAUCAUGGUAAGAAGAAAUCCCUCUGGGACAAGGACCACGAAGACUCUAAGGUGGACUCCACGAUACCCGGGAAGUAUAAGAUCCAUGAUGAUGGUUUUAUCUAGAGGCAGUGGCGAAUACCAUUUGAGUUUGCAUGGGCUUUAUUCAUUGAUAUUGAAUACUACUCGGAAGAAAUUCUCGAACUGUACUCAUGGCGUGAAUACCAGGCCUUGGAUGGAGUUGUUGAUGCUGAGACCUGCCACAAGAUUGUCAAGGCAGAACUGCUAGACCCAAAGGGGGUUAUGUAAAAUGAUUCCCUCCAACACAUGCUCAGGUGUUUUUAAUGGUAUUUUCACGUGCUUGAUACUUAGUAGUAUAACGGAU